AUGAGAAUGGCCAAUUCCCGUAACUACCAUGAAAAUGCAGCCGCCAUAGUCAUUUAUUUGUACAUCAAGGUUGUGGCAUCUUCCGAACCCAAAUCAGGCGGACUGAUCUCUCUAGUUUCUAGGGUUUCUGAGAUCGAUCUCUCGCAGGAAGGAGGCGCUGCUAUGGGAGGGGACGCAGCAAGGCCAAGGGGGAUGAGAUGCAAGAGGAGAUCGUCUUCAUCAGUUUGAUAGUGCCGAAAGAGGAAGCUAACAUCGGACGCUAGCACUACUUUCCCACAGGCGAUGGUCAUCAUGAUCAGUUAGUUACUUGGAUUUAUCCUCUCAAAUCUUGCUGGAUUUCAUUGAAUUGAUGUAUGUUGGAGUUUGGUUUUGAAAUAAAUUUUUACUUCUGAACUGAAGGACCAGAACUUGCUGCAUUUCAUCGAAUUAAUGUAUGUUGGAUCUCUUGGAUCAACUAAGUUGUGGUGUAUUUGUCUCUGUGAAAUAUAUUCGAUGCGAUCUCUUUCCCUUUUUUUC